AUGACGAGCCGCCCCGCGAGCGUCCUCCUCCGCGCGGUCGCGCUCGGGUCGACGCGAUGGUGUCGCGCGCGGUCCACCUCCGCGCGCGUGAUCGUCGCGUCCGCGCGCGCGCGCACCGCGCCCGAGCGCGGCGCGGAGCACCCUGGCGUCAGGACGCGUCGCGUCGUCGCCGCGAGCGCGUCGUCGACGUCGUCGCGCGGCGGCGGCGGAACGUCGUCGUCGCUCGCGCGGCUGCUCCCGCGCGCGAGCGCGCGAUUCUUCAUCCGCGCGGCCGCGCCGUCGCCGUCCGUCGCGGCGACGGCGACGGCGCGCGCGUUCGCGCCCGCGUCGUUCCGCGGCGCGCGGCGCGUCGGCGCGCGGUUCUCCGCGGACGCGGCCGCGCGCGCCGCGGCGGGGGACCACGACGACGACGACGAGAUCGACGACGACGACGAGACUGACGACGACGACGACGACGACGAGUUCGACGACGGCCUCGACGACCCUUUCGCGCACGUCGCGGCGCCGCCCAUCGCGGACGACCACCCCGGACUCGCCGGCUCCGACGCCGAGUUCGAGAAGAUGCUCGACGAGAUGAUGGCGGACGGCGAGCCGGACGACGACGCGGCGACGGACGGGGACGGGGAUGGGGACCCGGAUGAAGUCGAUGGCGCCGCGGCGAAGUAUUCCGAGCCGGGAGACGCGGCGCCGUGGCCGAGCGACGGGUCGUGGCCGGAGUGGGACGCGUUCCUCGCGCUGCUUCUGGAGAGAGGGUACGACCCGGAGAGCCCGAAGGAGAAGGCGCUGCUCGCGGGAGGAGGAGGAGGAGGCGACGGCGGGGAGGAGGGGUUGUCCACUCCGGAGUGGGCGAGGAAAGUUGCGGCGGAAUCAUCGGAAUCCAACGCGUAUUCGGCGUCGGCGUCGGAAGACUCAGACUCGAUCGACGGCUUGGACGACCCGUUCGCGAAGAUCGUCGCGUCGUCCGAGGACGGCGACGGCGACGGCGAUUCGUCGUCGUCGUCGUCGUCCUACGAGGAAGGCGGCGUGCUCUCGUACGCGAACAAGAAGCGGCUCAUCCUGGAGUGGAGCCGCGACCGCGACGACAUCUUCCAUCGCUGCCCCGAGCGCGAGAUGUACCAGAUCUGCGACCACCCGCUCCCGAGAGAAAACAACGCGGGCGGACGCAAGCAAAUCAACGCCCUGAAGCGCAUGCGCGCGUACCUCGGCAUCGACGACGGCGACCUGCGAGGGAAGUGCGCCGCCGCGGACAGCGACGUCAGCGCGGAGAAGACGACGAUCCCGGAGGAGGUGUUGAACCGAGGGACGCCGGAGAAGAGGCCGAAGUGGAUGGAUCGGCGGGAGAAGCGGCCGCCGCGGAUGGACUUCGAGAGGGAGGAUCCGUACGUCGAGCAUCAGCGACGCGCGUUUUCCGGCGGCCGCGGCGGCCGCGGCGGGCGAUUUUCCUCCUCCGCCGGCGGCCGCGGCGGGCGAGGCGGACGAGGCGGCGGUCGCUUCGACCGCGGCGACCGCGGGUUCGACCGCGGGUUCGACCGAGGCGACCGAGGCGGGUCUCGGUUCGGCGCCCCCGCGAGGGUGGACCGCGUGCCCCCGCGGUUUGAAAACCGCGAUCGUUUCGAUCGAGGGGGCGGCCGCGGCGGCGGGUUCCGGGACAGGGACGCGGACCGAGCGGAGCGGUUCUCGACGAGAGAGCGCGACGAGGACUGGGGCGACGUGUCGAACUGGGACACGCGCCCGCCGCCUCGCGCGCGAAGGUUCGAUGACGACGACGACUUCCGCGCGCCGCGCGGGCGCUUCGAGCGGGACGGCGACGGCCGCGGCGGAGGAAGGUUCGCGGGGAGAGGCCGCGACGACGACGACGACGAGAGAGGGUUCACGCCGCGCGCGUCGUCGUUCGACCGCGACGACGACGCGCGAAACGCAAACGCGAAGGACCGUCGGUUCGAACGACGGGUCGCGGAGCGCCGCUCGCGAAGCGCCGGCGGGUUCGGAUCCGACCUCGACGGGCUAGACUUCGAGGACGACGACGCCCCGCGAGGCGCGCCGCGCGGGGGAAGAAGCGGGUUCGACCGCGAGGGGGCGCGGGGAGGACGUUUCGACGGCGGCGGCGGCGGCGGCCGCGGCCGCGGCCGCUUCGACCGAGAAGACCGCGAUUACCGCGGCGGCGGGUUCCGCGACCGCGGCGGGCGAGGCGGGUUCGACCGCGACGACGACGGAUACGGCGGCGGAUUCCGCGAUCGCGGCGGGAGAGGACGCGGACGAAACGACUGGGGGGACCAGGACGAAGGGCGCUUCGGCGGCGGGCGCGGCAGCGGGCGCGGCGGCGGGCGCGGCGGCGGCCGGUUCGAUCGCGACCGCGACGACGAUUACGGCGGGUUCCGCGGCGGCAGAGGCGGCGGGAGAGGCGGGUUCGACCGCGGCGGCGACCGCGGCGGCGGGAGAGGCGGGUUCGACCGCGGCGGUGAUCGCGGCGGCGGGAGAGGCGGGUUCGACCGCGGCGGCGACCGCGGCGGCGGGAGAGGCGGGUUCGACCGCGGCGGCGAUCGCGGCGGCGGGAGAGGCGGCGAGCGCGUGCGGAUGUGGAAGCCCGGCGGCGGCGGCGGCGGCUACGACCAGUAG